GGAUGACUCUGGCGGUAAUCUUCUUUGGGGAGCAGGAAGAAGAAAGUUCCUUUCCGACAUUCCUUAAAACGACCAUCAAACGCUCCAUCAUCGGGUCGGACCAAUAACCGCCACCCUAAAACAUCCACCCGUGCUGAUUUUCAGCCGGCUCGAGAAGAAGUAAAGUGCGGAAAGGAAAAAAAAAAAAUUUGGCACUGACAAGAGAAGAGAGAUGGUGUGUCAGUCACAACCACCACCACCACCACAACCAAGUGGGAUUCCUCAGGCCCUCUUUCUUUUCCUACCGCCCGCCUUAUUUGAUUUUCUAUUACUUUAUUUUUUCUUCGCCAUUUCUGGCUUUUACCGUUACCGUACAGUAGACUGGGCCCUUUUCUACUUCUUCCGACGGUUCGGUGGUCCCUCACUGGCCAACGAAGUUUCCGGUGAUUAUUCCAUUCCCAUUCCCUCGACUUUCCAUCCUGCCUUUUCUCGGUGCCGCCAUCUUCAUCAUACAUCGGCCCUCCAUCCCUCCCUCCUCCCUCCCUCCAUCCAUCCAUCCACUUCCCCUAGCCGGAAACUAACCAUCUCCCACCACCACCACCACCACUACCCUUUCCCUCCCCCCCAUCCCAUCCCAUCCCAUCCCAUCUUUCUUCCUUACUAUUCAUUCUACCACCUAUUUCCCCCUUUUUCAUCAUACAUUCCUCUUCUUUUUGUAACAUCCGAAUUUCGCCCCCCUCCAUCUCCAUUACCUACUUCUCCAUUCUAACCUUGUCUUGUGUCUUGGAUUUUGUGUGUUAUUAGACUCGUUCUCCUGAUUCUUAGUCCCCGUGCUCUCCUGUCUUGCCUAUACUGUAUUGUUCCGUCGACCCGUGCUCGG